UUUUGCUGAACCAUCAGACAACUAGAUAAUGAAAUGUUUGUUUGAAGGUCGAUUUCCAUGGUAUACCUUUUCAUGAAAACCAAGGAAUAACCCGUGUCAAAACCCAACUUUAUGUGACGUGUUAUUUAAGUAUCCUUCAGCGUUUUCGAUUUUUAAGUAGUUUAUCGAGAGCCGAUAUAAUAUGUUGACCUACUUCUGCAAAUCACUAUUUGACUAUCAUUUCCCUUUCUUUUCAAGAUCAUUAAACUGUUCUUUAGCCGGGUUUCCUCUAUUUGCAUUUUUUUUUUUUCAAUUAAUGGCUGAGUAUCGUGUAGAAAUACAAGUAGAUGAUUCAAGGAGCCCACAAGACAAGACCCCUCUUCUCGAAACUUCAGGCGAAACCCAUGAUUCAAAUCGCCAAGAAAAUCAAGAAAAUGAUGAUGAAACCCGUUUGGAUAAAACCCUUGCUAAGUUAGAUUCAUUUCUCACGUUUUUAGGCUUUAAUCAGACCUCAGUGUCGAGUUUUGUGCUUUCUUGGGGUUUUUUAUUGCUGAUAGGAAUUACGCUCCCUGUGGUGAUUCUUGAGCUUUCCAAUUGCCCAGGUUGUGAGAAGGGUCAAAUCAAGACUUUUGAAAUUGAUAUAGUGAUUUCUCAGGCUUGUUUAGCAGCUGCAUCUCUAAUUUGCCUUUCACACAAUUUAAGAAAGUAUGGUAUUAGGAAAUUUCUGUUUGUUGAUCGAUAUAGUGGCCAUGUGGAGAGAUUCAGUGACCACUAUAUGCAGAAGAUUUCGGUAUCUUGUUUUGCAGGAUUCUAUGCGUUUGCUAGUGUUCUGGGUACUGCCUUGUUUCAUUCUGAAGAUUGCGCGUGAAAUCAUCCGCAUUUUAUACGUUCGUCAUGAGUCAUGGUGGCUUUCUGUUGCUAUUUUGUUCGCUCUUAUCUUUUCAUGGACUUAUGUGACAACAAUCUUUCUUUCAGCAUGUAUUUUGUUCCAUGUGGU